GUGUGUGCGAGCAUAAUAUCAUUUUCCUUUGCACUGCGCUCGUAUCUACUGCGGUGAAAUCGUGAGGAAGCGGAACUUUGAGAGGAGUCGGUGUACAAACCGCUGAACAAUCGGAGUUCCGGCCCGAAAAAAACGUUUCCGGCCCGGUGUAGAGGCGCCGGUCCAGGGGGAUCCAAUUCGACAUCAUAUACCAAUCCGGCCUGGAGUGGCCGCGGACCGGAGCUCGCAUCCGUAUAUAUUUGUAUACAGAAUAUGCAAUUUAAUGAAUUCGCACAUCAAUGAUGACAAGGUUUCCGAAAAUCCACGAGAGAAAAACGCGAAAACGAAAUGGAUCCCAUAGGUUGAACAUUGAUUUUCGCGUCCUCGUAGAAAUUUCCCGUCAUCGAAGUGCAGUGCAGCGGAGUCAAGUGCCGGGCAAACAAACGCCGGUAGUUGAACUUGAAAGUCCGGAAAACAGUUCAACUUGGCAGAUAAAGGGCGUCGCAAUGUCCGCGGAAAAGUGUCAUCAUCCGGUCGUCAUGCUCAUCUUCGGGUCUUCGUCGUCUCGCCCACGCAAUGAUCCUAUUAUGAAAGCGGCAGCUUCGAACCAUCGUGCAUUGUAACACGUUGCACCAGAAGUUAAAAACAAGCGUAUACAGUUCGCCACAGUUUUGAUCAAAUGCAAUAUUAUACAUACGUCGGAUGCCGA